CUGUAAUACUUACUGCACUCAUGGAAGUGAUCAUGGCCGACGAAGUAAAGCCGCCGCCGGCACCCACGCGCAUGUCCUACGUGGACAUCUUCCAACUUCUGCAUUCAGAUGAUCCAAACAAGACGGCCAAGCUUGUCGCCGAGUAUGAAGCCGUUCGCUUGGAGACCAAGGAGAACGGCGGCGCGUCCGGCGAUGAGUCAAGUGGGGACGACGACGACGACGACGCUGCCACAACCCCCACACGUGCACACUCGUCUGGGUCGUCCUCCCGUCGCCAUCCCGACAAACCCAAACGCUCUUUCGUACGUGUAUCUUCCCCAUCAGCACACACCCUUCCUUCGACUUCUCCAUCACACACACUUCGUCCAUAGACGCAAAUGACAUCGGACGAUCGACCAUACCCGCGCGGACGCAUCCCAGCGGGGUCGGGGCGUCAGCCCAAGUUGAAAAAGUCCAAGUUGAUGCAAAAGAUCACCGGGCGCAAGAAUGCGCGGCCAGUGCCGAUGCCCGGGAUGUCCUAAGCAAGCAUCGUCCUCUCCACCACCGCGUUCCAUGCCAAAAGCUUUGAACUCGGCCAUCCACACGUUGAACACAUGUCAUAUUUACAUAGGUACUUCUUUGGCUUAGUCGUCGUCGCUGUAAUCGACUUCGCAUUCGUCGACUUCAUACUGGGAAUGCCGCGCGGGGUUUAGAAUGUCGCGCAACUGCAACGACCCCGUGUCCGAGUCGGGCGUGUAAUGGCCGCCGUCGCCGCCGCCGUCCUUCUUGUCCUGCAGCAUCUCAAUCGUUCGUGCCAUGACGGGUCGUUCCGGCGUCGAUCGGUCGGCAGAUGCCGCUAAUCUCUCCGCGGGAGCUUCUCGGUCAUUCGACGACGACAGCUGGUGUCUGGAUCUUGCCGGGGACGACUUGCUGCCUUGGUCAAGCCGAUCCGCACGUCGGAAUGAGUCGUCUCGACUUGUGACAGCGCUGCUGUAAUCCACAUGGGGGCGGCCCGUGUAAAAGUCCGACGACGCCGGAGGUCGCCCUGUGACAUCGUUGUCGUCGUUAUGCCGGGGCCGUUGGUUCCGAUCGUGUGCAUACGCACACUCUUUUCGCUUCACUUGGGCAUUGUCCCCAGUACUUCGAGACGUGGUAGCAGCAGCACCACCACUCGACGAUGGGAGAUUUCCCCCCUCGUCCGAAUCUUUGGCGGGUUUGCUGGGCGUAUUCCUUUCCUUGGCUUCCCAUCGUGAACUCCCGCGACCAGCGGGCACCGGCUCGGAGGACGCUUGAGGUGGAUUGUCCGGACGCCGACGGGACCUCGACCGUCGCGGUUCGCGAUGGUCCGGACGCCCGCGGGACCGCGACCGCACAGUUCCCAGCGAACCCCCCCCCGAUCGGGCGAUUUCCCCCAGCGUGCGGCUGCCGCCCGUAGCUGAUCUGUCUUGGUUUGGCAAUGCCGAUCGGGUGUCUUGGGUUCGAGGUCUGUCACUGGUGGAGGCGUACGGAGCCGUCCGACCCGCGGCGCUGAGGGAGUCGGUGUAACCUGUCGAGUGGUGUGUGCUGUGUCUGUCUGCGCUGCUGCUGCUCUGUCGUCGCGGGGCGUCUGCAAAACACGACCGACUCGACACGUCCCCGCCGCCAGCCCGUGCAAUGUCGCCAAUCGUCGGCUGCGACUGCCGGCCGGAUGGAGGAGGGGAGCGGGGUGCCCGUGCCCGCGACCGCGACCGACGAUCCAACAAGGAGCCGCCACCUGCCCGCGCCAUCUCGCCGAUCGUCUGCGGUCGGUUCGAAACAGGAGGACCUCGGUCUCGGGACCGAGGUCGACACGACAACGAGCCGCCGCCGGACCGGGCAAUGUCGCCGAGGGUUGGCUGCGGGCGACUCGACGGAGGAGGACGCCGGUCUCGUGAUCGGGACCGACGAUCCAACAACGAACCGCCGCCC